GGCGUGGCAGUACCCGUCCUUCGGGAGUUGUGCACUUUAGGAAAACUGAAGAGACCCAGGAUUGCUCUAGUGUCGGCCCAUUUUCGUAUUCACGUUCUCCCUGUCUGGCACUUGCUGGUCAGCAGCGGUGAGAAAGUGAGCUGAGGAAGAAGCAGUGGCCGACACAGGCUUCCAUGUGCAGUGCUGCCAUUGCCCUUAGGUGUUGCUCUUGUGGCUUUUAUUGGUGGAGCACUUUGCGCUUGGGGCAUGCAAGAAAUCUGUGAUACCGUAGGUUACAGAUAACUGGAGAUCCUGAAGGAGCUGGAUGACUCCUACGAGAAGUUCCGCCGGGAGACGGAUGGCGCCCAGAAACGGCGAGUGCUGCACUGCAUCCAGAGAGCCCUGAUCCGCAGCCAGGAGCUGGGCGACGAGAAGAUCCAGAUCGUGAGCCAGAUGGUGGAGCUGGUGGAGAACCGCACCAGACAGGUGGACAGUCACGUGGAGCUCUUCGAGGCCCACCAGGAGAUGAGCGACAGCACCGGCAGCAGCGGCAAGGGAGGCCAGGACAAGUCGAAGAGUGAGGCUGUCACGCACGCCGACAAGCCCAACAACAAGAGGUCCCGGCGGCAGCGGAACAACGAGAACCGCGAGAACGCGUCCAACAACCACGACCACGACGACCUCACCUCGGGCACGCCCAAGGAGAAGAAAGCAAAAACCUCCAAGAAGAAGAAGCGCUCCAAGGCCAAAGCCGAGAGGGAGGCGUCCCCUGCAGACCUUCCCAUCGACCCCAACGAGCCCACGUACUGUCUGUGCAACCAGGUCUCCUACGGAGAGAUGAUCGGCUGCGACAACGACGAGUGUCCCAUCGAGUGGUUCCACUUCUCGUGCGUGGGACUCAACCAUAAACCAAAGGGAAAGUGGUACUGCCCCAAGUGUCGGGGGGAAAAUGAGAAGACGAUGGACAAGGCCCUGGAAAAGUCCAAAAAGGAGAGAGUGUACAACAGGUAGUUUGUGGACACUGGCUUGGGAGCACAAACCAGUGUAUGGAUGGUGUGGCCGCCUUCGUUGAGGUGCGGGGCUGGCCAGCUGGGUGUUGGCGGAGGACGUUGGAACAGGAGCCUGUCUGGGACGGCCGAGACUCAGCCCGGUCUUCACUGGUGUCCAUGGAAGGAGAGGGUGGUCUGUGGUCAGCAUUUAGAACGUAUAAAUGUAGGUUUCAGUUCAAGACUUCAGUGAGCCUCGAUUGAUUUGGGGAAGGGGGACUUGGAAGCAGACUAACAACUGUGUAAAGAGAUUUAAUUUGGCUGUUUUAACAAAAAUGUUAUACUUUGAACAUUUUUUUUAAUUAGCCAGGUUGCUAAAAGUAUAGCAAAUUUUGUUUCUUGCUACCAUAGUGUGUAUCCAUAUUAUGAUUCAAUAGCAAAGGUUUGAAGUCUGAAUAUCAUUAUUUUUUAAAAGGUAAUAAAUUUUACAUGACAGAUAUUUUAUAUACUGGCCUGUUCCCCAAGUGGCCAUUUUUAAAUGACUGGGUACAUUUUUAUUAGAUCAAAUACAAAUGGUCUAGUCCGUGGGGUUCAAGUCGUAGCGUAGCCAUCUGUAACUUAUGAAGUGUAUAAAUGUACAUGUCGCGGAGCCUUGCCCUUGCUGUAUUAUAAUCGGAGUGCGGCUGCUGCCAUUGUGAAGCCAGGUGCGCUUUCUGCUGCGUGUGUGAGUGAUGUCAAGAAAUAAAUGACACUUGGCCUGUUCGUUUCUGCAGCAUUUAAUUUUAACAAGUCAUUUGAAUAUGUUUGUCUUUAAAACUUACACACCAGCAGUUUAGACAAAGCCUUAAUAAGCAAAUUGUGUAUUCUCACUUAAAAAUGAAGUAGAAGUUACCUGUUUGGCAGCAAAGAAAUGUCAAAGAAUAUACAUUUAGACCAGAGGUUAGGAGCUGACUGCUCAUCCAUCAGAUCCAGUCUGCCUUCUGUUUAUGGUCUGUGAGCUAAGAAUGGUCUGGAUGUUUCUGAGUGGUUUGAAAAAUUAACAUUUCGUGAUACAUGAAAGUCCUAUGGAAUCCCCAUUUUAGUGUGUGUAAAUAAAGUUUCGCUGAACACA